UUUAAAUAAAAUGCACAUCUUAUAUCUUCUUCUCGCUACUGCUUCAAUCCCCAACGGCAGAAGAGGGUUAGUAGACGGAUUAUGCACCUUGCCUGAACAGAGGCAAAACAUUGACUGGAACAAGGAAUUCUCACGCGCCUUCACACUCAAGUCAUCCCGAAGUGAACUUACAGUUGAUCACUGAAAUUUCGAGAGCUACUGAAUAUAUAUACAUAUACCCAUGGUGAUGAAUUAAGAGGCUACAAUUUUUGGCAGUCCAGAAGUAUGUGUACCAAUAAGGAGUUUUCUGGUGACUGGUAUGAAAUUCUUCACCAUCUUGCAUACUCUGAGUACAAUUUUCCUUGUGCAUUGACAAAUGAUAUACACUCGUCGCCUGGUGGAAUGGCAUGUACAACAACCCUGUACAAUCCAAGCACCAAUUGGACAGUGAGAAUUCCCCUCCAUAUUUACCGAAAUAAUGAUGGUUCAUACAGAGAAUAUUUCAGUCCAGGCAAUGUCGUCAAAAAAGCGCGCACAAGCAUUGUGGAAAUUGAAGUGGGAAAUCAGGAAGAAAAUGGCGGGGUAUAUACUGAGGAAAUGGCACUUUACACUGAUUAUAAAAACUACCUGCUUGGCGUUUUAUGCGACAAAGCAGGUCGUCAAAAUAUAUGGGUCGAUAGUCCGAAUUCAAGACCUACUGCUGCAGAUGUUUUAAGAAUUCGGAAUAAACUGGUUCAAAUCAGUUCAGGCUGGAGCGAACUGGAAUUAUCGUUCAGAAUAUGCGAUGAUCCGAAUUGGUUGACAAGAACAAGGAAAACGAGUGACUCGUCACACAAGGCCAAUCAACGAUAAUAGGACGAUGUUAUGAAAUUGUGCCAAUUCUACUUUAUAUGACUUGAAUAGCAUAUUAUAUUAGGACAGGUGCUACUAUAGUGUGAAAUAACCUUAAUCUAGUGCUGGCACGGGCAACAUACGACCCGCUGGCCAAAUCCGUUGGAUAAUUCAAUCUGGCCGCGUGCUGCUGCCACAACCAAACUAAAACCAAAUUUUGAUGUUCUAGCUAAAAAUGGCCCGCCAGUAAAAUUUUUAGUAUUUAGUAGUAUUUUAUUCCACCAGCAAUGUGAAAUAGUGUAUACAACAUUUCAAAAUCAAUAUAAAAGCAUUGUGACGAGAUUGUAAGGAAACGACCGUUAGGUCAUUGGCCUUUUGAAAAAAAAUACAAAAAUCAACAUUUAAUCGAGGAAAUAACCACAUUAAACCAAACAACAAAUUAAAACAGAAGGAAAAAUAGAGAAUACAAUGCUUAAUGGAUAACAGUAGUUUCUUGCUACCUGCCAACAGCGACUUAUUGUGCAAGUCUGUGUCACUUGCAGCUAUCGAAAUAUUUUUUAAAAAGCCCUCGGGAUAAGCAUGCAUAACUGCCAGUCUUUUAUUUCUUGACUAAUUUUCAAUCCAAAUAUCCGGAUAGAUUUUAUAUAAUCGAAAAUGUAUAAAAUCGAAGAAUCUGACCUUGGAACAAAUAGGUUGCGAUGCAAGUAGCUUGUGCCAUGGUUGUGGAUUGGAUUUAUGUUUUGGAAAUAAUUCAGAAAUAUAUUUGGGGAACAGUUUUUUUCGUACGUGACAUAUACAGCUGCAUUUUUAGGUGUUAUUUACUCAAUUUGUACAUAUACUAGGAAUGAAUUUUUAAAUACAUAUUUGAACAUGCUAAUUAUAUGGAAUGCGGAAGAUCUCAGACCGCACCUGAUUGCCGACAUAUGGCGACAGACCCCACGCAACAGUAGAUAUACAGACGUUCAGACCAAC